AUGCCUCGCGAAAAGAAAAAGCGAGGGAGGCGCGAGGAGGAAAGAGAGAAAAAACGCCAGCUUGACGAGAGAUAUCACAAGUCUUCAAAGCGAUUCAAGCACGAUAACUCUCACAACAAGCAGGCCUCUAAUGAGAUAGUCGUGAGCGGUGACGCCGGGGAUGACUUUAUCGGAUUUGGCAUAGGCCCACCCCAGGAUAUCCAAGAGGACCAGUUUCAUGGCCUUCUCGACCCCGAAGAACAAGAAUAUUACUCAAACGUCAAUAAUAAAAUUGUGGCAAACGACUUCGAGUCGGCCGAAGACCGUGCCAUUUUCAUCGAUGCUGUUCACCACGAAACUCAAGGCAAAGAACUCAAAGUUGCAUCCAGUCAGUCUGGUUCGCGGUGUCUGGAGAAGGUCAUACUCUUAUCAACGCCCAAACAACUUCGAAAUUUGUUCAGCAAGUUUCUCGGCAACUUGACGUAUCUUGUUCGUCAUCGCUUUGGAAGCCACUGCUGCGAGACAUUAUUCCUCGAAUCUUUGAAACACCUGAAGGAAACGAAGGAAAGCCAUGAAGUCGAAAGAGAAGAAGGGUCCGUUUCCAUGGAGGAACUUUUCCUCCGAGCCGCCGAGGAGCUUGAGCCGAAUAUGGGUUUCCUUCUCACCGAGAGAUUUGCGUCUCACACUGUCAGAGUCCUGCUCCUCGUUCUGUCAGGAGAACCAUUAGACGACGCGUUGAUGAAAGCGAUGCUUUCGAGCAAAAAGAAAGAGAAGCUUGAGGUCCCAGUGGAGAUGUCCACAGAAUCUUCCGAAAACGAACGAACUGUCCCAAAGACUUUUCGCAAUGUCCUGGCAAAGCUCAUCGACAGCGCUAUUUCAGCCUUAGACACAACAUAUCUAAGAGCUUUGGCCACUCACCCGACCGGAAACCCUGUCCUACAAUUACUUCUACGCCUAGAACUUUCAAACUCAGGUAAGGGUAAGCACUCCGCGGAUAAUUUGGUCCUCAGGAAAUUGCUCCCGGACGAGGACUUGGAGGAGGAUACCGAAAGUGCCAAAUUCGUCUCCGGACUGAUAUAUGACCCGACAGGAUCUCACCUGGUCGAGAUCCUUGUUCAGAAACUCCCCGGGAAAGCUUUCAAGAAGCUUUACAAAAACGUUCUGAGGCCAAGGAUGAGCAGCAUGGCCAGAAACGACAAGGCAAGUUACGUUGCGAUUAGAAUCAUUCAACGCCUCGGCAAGGACGAUUUAGCAGAGGCAAAGAAUUUGAUUCUGCCAGAGUUGCCAGUUUUGAUUUCACGCCGGAGGACAGGAUUGAUCACAGUUCUCAUUGAGCGAUGUGUUGUGCGACAGGUGGAUUUGCAAGAUCUCUCGGACGUGAUUAAAUUGGAGUAUGGAAAUGAUCCAGCACAAUUUCUCCCACGGAUGCUUGAUUUUGCAUCCUUGAAACGGAUCGAGGAAUCAGAGAGCUAUAAUGACAAGACACCGCUUCCGACGCUCCGAGCGAACGUGCAUGGCUCUUUACUGGCCCAGGCAAUGCUCCAAUCCCCCGAAAUGUCCAUCCUCGUCCAAGAGAGCCUAUUGGCACUCGACACCGGUAUCCUGAUCGAAAUGUCUCAGAUUUCUGCCUCAUCGCGAGUCAUCCAAGAAGCGCUGUCUCCAACUAGGUCUGACAUUCAAUUCCGUCGGAAAUUCGUCCCGCGGUUCUAUGACCAUAUUCUCGAGCUAUCUCAAGAUCUUGCCGGUUCUUAUGUGGUCGACGCGCUCUGGCCUGCCACCGAUGGGCUACAUUUCAUAAAGGAACGUCUAGCAAAAGAACUCGCAAACAACGAGAUUAGUCUCAGGGAAUCUCCAUAUGGUCGAAACGUGUGGAAAAAUUGGGCAAUGGACUCUUACCGCCGACGACCCGGUGAGUGGCGCGCACUUGCGAGGGGUCGCGAAGAGGAACAAGCGCAAAGCGUGGAAUUGGAUGGAGAUUCGAGAUCGGAGAAGAAGACGCCGAUUCAGCUUGCCAGGGAGAGACAUGCGCAGAAGCAGUCACACGCCGUGAAGCGGAAUAAUCCAGCAGCAUCGACGAAGACCGUUGUUCCAGCGAAUGCAUAG